GAAAUGUAUCCACGCGUAGCAGGCAGCAGCAGCCGCAGCCGCUAACACAUCAGAUGUCCCGGGCUGUCUCCAUCUGCGUUUGUGGACACAUUUGAUCGAGGGGUCCAGCGUCAGUCCUUUUCCUGCCUGAUCACCUGAGCAAAGAGACACGCGCGCUGAUCAGCAUGGCCUCUUCUGAAGAUACAGAAGGCUCCCUGACCUCUGUGGACUUUAUCCAGCUGCAGCAAUACAUGGAAGAAAGCAAUUUACGGGUCAAGGAUGUUAUGAAGGACUUCCAUCCAGGAGGUCGUCUGGCCAAGCACACCCACGGAGAGUGUCUCGACAGUGAGGGCUUCUGUCUCUUCCUGAAGACCUACCUCGAGGUGGAAGACUUCCCUGCAGAUUUCUGCCAACGACUAUUUGGCUAUUUUCAACACACAGAGCAGGAUGGGUCCACAGAAAGCCCCAUGCCCAAAGGAGACAUGGUGUUUCUUCAGGACGUGUCCUGUUACUUCUCAGUGCUGGAGGAGGGACAGCCCCGGGAGAAGCUCGAAUUUACCUUCAAACUUUACGACAAAGAUGGCAACGGACUCCUGGACAGCUCUGAAGUGGAUCGUAUAAUCACCCAGAUGAUGCGAGCUGCUGAUUAUCUGGGCUGGGACGUGACUGAACUCAGACCAGUCCUCAAAGACAUGAUGACUGCCAUCGAUGUUGAUGAUAGUGGCACUGUCACUCUGGAGGAGUGGUUGAAGGGAGGCAUGAACAAUAUCCCUUUACUUGUGCUGCUUGGACUGAAGAUGACGGAGAAGGAUGGGCAGCACAUCUGGAGGCUGAAGCAUUUUAACAGGCCAACCUACUGCAAUGUGUGUAGGAGCAUGCUGCUCGGCCUGGGGAAGCAGGGACUCUGCUGCAACUGUUGCAAGUACACCGUCCACAACCAGUGUGCCAACAACAAUCCCGACACUUGCGCUCGCACCUUUGUCAAAUCCAAACAGGAAACCGGUAAAGCCACUCAUGACUGGAUCAAGGCUGACUGUAACGCCAGCAAGUGUCAGGUCUGCUUCAAGAAGAUCAAAACUUUAGGAGGGAGUCGUUGUGUGUGGUGCCAGGAAAUGCGUCAUGAAGAGUGCAUCAUUCGUGGUAUACCAAAAUGUGACUGUGGGCCACUGAGGGACCAUAUUUUGCCUCCAUGGGCCAUCUAUACUGCUUCAAAGGAGGAGGACACCAAACUGCUGAAUGUCACUCCGGAUGGUCAAAUCCUGCAGAUCGCUCCUGUCCCUGACACUCAUCCUUUGCUGGUGUUUGUAAAUCCUAAAAGUGGAGGGAAUCAGGGUGAACGGGUGCUCAGGAAGUUUCAGGGUCUGCUGAAUCCACGUCAGGUGUACAAUUUGUCCAACGGAGGUCCUGCUCCAGGACUCCACUUCUUCAGAAAUCUGCAUCAGUACAGGAUUUUGGUGUGUGGGGGAGACGGCACCGUUGGGUGGCUCCUGGAUGCUAUAGACAAAGCGGAUCUCCAGGUUCGCCCUCCAGUUGCUGUUCUGCCCCUGGGCACUGGGAAUGACAUGGCUCGCUGUCUACGCUGGGGAGGAGGAUACGAGGGGUCAGACCUGACAGAAAUCAUGAAGGAGAUUGAAGUUAGUGAGUUGAUCCCUUUGGAUCGUUGGAGCAUCCAGGUGAUCCCAAACGACCCUCAGGAGGCAGGAGAUCCUGUUCCUUAUGAAAUCAUCAACAACUACUUCUCUAUUGGAGUGGAUGCGUCUAUUGCUCAUCGUUUUCACUCCAUGAGAGAGAAACAUCCCCAGAGGUUCAACAGCAGGAUGAAGAACAAAUUUAGGUAUUUGGAGUUUGCUACUUCUGAGUCCAUCUCUGCCUCCUGCAAGAAGUUAAAAGAGUGUCUUGUUAUUGAGUGUUGUGGAAAACAGCUCAACUUGAACAACGUGUCUUUAGAGGGCAUAGCUGUCCUCAACAUUCCCAGCAUGCAUGGAGGCUCCAACCUCUGGGGCGAAUCCAAGAAGUCCGAUGGUCCGUCAGAGGCGGGGCCUAACCAGGUUAUCACUGACCCCGAAGUUCUGAAAACAGUCCCACAAGACAUAAGCGAUAAGCGUUUUGAGGUGGUGGGGCUGGAAGGAGUUUUAGAGAUGGGCCAGAUCUACACUAGAAUGAAGAACGCCGGGCACAGACUGGCACAGACGUCUCAGAUUUCCAUCAGGACGACCAGAGCUUUGCCCAUGCAGAUUGAUGGGGAGCCCUGGAUGCAGCCUCCUUGUACUAUCCACAUAACUCACAAGAACCAGGCUAACAUGCUGAUGGCUCCACCAACCAAAACAUCGAGCUUCUUUCACCACAAGUAAAGAGUCCAGCACAUCCUCGAGUCUGCAGAAGCGU